AUGGAACCAGGAAAUGAAACACAAAUUUCAGAAUUUCUUCUUAUGGGAUUUUCAGAGGAACCAGAAUUGCAACCCUUCUUCUUUGACUUGUUCCUGUGUAUGUAUCUAAUCACCAUGCUUGGAAAUGUGCUCAUCAUCCUGGUCAUCAUUGCAGACACCCAUCUCCACACGCCCAUGUACUUUUUCCUUGCCAAUCUGUCUUUUGUAGACAUCUGUUUUACCUCCACCACUGUCCCAAAGAUGCUGGUGAAUAUCCAGCUACAGAGCAAAGUCAUCACCUAUGAAGGCUGCAUCACCCAGAUGUACUUUUUUGUACUUUUUGUGGGGUUGGACAAUUUCCUUCUGACUGUGAUGGCCUAUGAUCGUUUCAUGGCCAUUUGUCACCCUCUUCACUACAUGGUCAGAAUGAACCCCCGGCUCUGUGGACUGCUGGUUCUGAUGUGCUGGAUCCUUAGUGUCCUUCAUUCCUUAUUGGAGAGCUUAAUGGUGUUGCAACUGUCUUUUUGCACAGAUGUGGAAAUCCCCCAAUUUUUUUGUGAACUUAAUCAGGUGAUCCAAUGUGCCUGUUCUGACACUUUUAUGAAUGAAAUGGUAAUUUUUUUUAUAGCUGUGCUGUUGGGUGGUGGGCCCCUCACUGGCAUCUUUUUCUCCUAUUCUAAGAUUCUUUCCUCCGUUCGUGUGAUUUCAUCAACUCAGGGGAAGUAUAAAGCAUUUUCCACUUGUGCUUCUCAUCUCUCAGUUGUCUGCUUAUUUUAUUUUACGAGCAUAGGGGUAUACAUCGGUUCUUCUGCUAGUCACAAUGCACAUGCAGGUACAACGGCUUCGGUUCUGUACACUGUGGUCACACCCAUGCUGAACCCCUUCAUCUACAGCCUGAGGAAUAGAGACAUAAAGGAGGCUCUGAGGAGAUUACUCAGGAGGGAGGUCAUCAAGGGCCACCUGUCCUGGGAUUGA